GUACGUCAGCAAUGCUUCGAUCCAAGCCAAUCCAAGUGUCAAUGUUCAUUUUAAAAUGGCUACCUCCAAGGAGCCAGACAACGUGUUCGACGUGAUUUUGGGCACGUACGAAGAAUUCGUGCUCGGCUACUCCCUCGAAAACCAAGGCAAGGGCAAGUACAGUCUCCGACAAACUUUCACGAACCAUUCUCACCUGGGAUCGGUGCGAUGCAUCGCCGCCAGCGGCAGGUUCGUCGCGUCGGGCAGCACCGACGAGACCGUGCGCCUGUUCAACAUGCGAACGCGCUGCGAAAUGGGAGCGUUGAUGCAGCACGACGGCACCAUAGCAGACGUUCAGUUCUACAAGUCUAGCCACCUGUUCAGCGCGAGCGAAGACAAAACGAUCUGCAUCUGGAACACGGGCAGCUGGCAGUGUCUCAAGACGCUGCGCGGCCACAAGGCCGACGUGACAUCCCUAGCCGUCCAUCCAACCGGCAAGCUGCUCUUGUCCGUGUCGAAGGACAGAACCUUACGUACGUGGAACUUGGUGAAAGGCCGCAACGCCUACAUCACAAACAUCAAGGUCGCCGCCGACUUCGUCGACUGGUCUCCCGCCGGAGACCACUUCGUCGUGGGUUUGGGCAAGUCCCUCGACGUUUACAGUGCCGAGAAAGCGGGGAAAGUCCACUCGAUCGACUUCGGGAAGCCGUUAUGUUGCGUGGCGUUCCUCACUAACGACGUUCUUGUGCUGGGAGGGGACGGUGGAAGCGUCGAGGUACACAACAUCAAGAAAAAGAGCGUCUACCACAUGUUUACGGCGCACUCGACUCGAGUCAAGGCCGCCGCCGUUGUGAACGUUUCGAAGAAGACCCUUCUGGUGACUGCCGGGAGCGAGGGUUCUGUCCGCGUUUGGAAGGUUAACAUGAAGAAGUUGGACAAUGAUCCGACUCUGUUGUGCGAAGCGAAGUGUGGCUGUCGGAUCACUUGCAUGGCCCUGCACAUGCCGGAGGUACUGCAGGAAAAGCCGAGGAAGAAAGGAAAGGAACUGGCUAAAGCAGACGAUGGAAAGAAGAAAGCCAAAUCAGAUGACAGCAGUAGUGGUGGAGCAGACGAUGGGGACGAUGGAGCAGACAACGAAGAUGAGGAAGCAGAUGGCAGUGGGGAUGAUGAAGCGAACGAGAAUGGAGAAGGGUAUGAAGAGGGAAGCGAGGUGGAUGACGAAGAAAGCGAAGAUGAAGCGGACGUUGAAGGCAAUGUUGACGAGCAGGCUGGGGACGAAAGCGAAUGUGAACAGUCUGAGGAGCAGGAGGAGGAGGAAGAGGUUCUUGAAGAUGAGACAAGUAGUGAGGAAGACCAAGAAACAAAACCACCCCUGCCGAAACGAAGGAAGAUGGCCGCAAGGUGAACAUUAUUUGGUUUCAGCGCACACUGAAUGAGUCGACGAACACACAUUGAACUCUGUACAUAGGCUCUAUUCAUAAAAAAUACAAUGGCACUCUUCACCACCUCAAA